CGGAAGAGCACCUGACUGAAAGGAAGUAAAGGAUCUCAGGGGCUGGGAAGGUGAGGACGAGAGGAGCGGUGAAGCCCUUCAGCUUCACCUCCCUCUCUGGUUCAGCAUGGGGGAGAAAGCAGAAAACUGUAAGGUUCCAGAGGAUCUGUUCAGUGGUUUGAAAGUUACAGAUUCCCAGGAAGCAGAGUGUGUUAGCCCUGCAGUUUCUAAUGCCGAAGAUCACCAUUCCCAGAGCAAGCUGCUCAAGAAUGUUGAGGUCCAUCCCCAGGAGGACCAGGGAGAAGAGGAGUGCUUUCACGAUGCCAGUGCCUCGUUUGAGAAUGAGGAGCCAGGAGUGGACAAAGUUGAGAACAAACCUGAUGAUGAUGUGAAUUCCUCUGAACUAGAUGAAGAAUACCUAAUGGAACUGGAAAAAAACAUGUCAGAUGAAGAGAAAAAGAGAAGGAGAGAAGAAAGCUCUAGACUAAAGGAAGAGGGAAAUGAGCAAUUUAAAAAAGGAGAUUAUGUAGAGGCCGAAAGUUCUUAUAGUCGAGCCCUUCAAAUCUGUCCAUCCUGCUUCCAGAAAGACAGGUCUAUUCUGUUUUCAAAUAGAGCUGCUGCAAGGAUGAAACAGGACAAGAAAGAGAUGGCCAUCAGUGACUGCAGCAAAGCAAUUCAGUUAAACCCCAGCUAUAUCAGGGCAAUAUUGAGGAGAGCAGAGUUGUAUGAGAAGACUGACAAGCUGGAUGAAGCCCUGGAAGACUAUAAAUCCAUAUUAGAAAAAGAUCCAUCUGUACAUCAAGCAAGAGAAGCUUGUAUGAGAUUACCUAAGCAAAUUGAAGCACGUAACGAAAGACUAAAAGAAGAGAUGUUAGGUAAACUAAAAGAUCUUGGGAACUUGGUUCUCCGGCCUUUUGGACUCUCCACGGAGAAUUUCCAGAUCAAACAGGAUUCCUCUACUGGCUCCUACUCCAUCAAUUUUGUUCAAAAUCCAAAUAAUAACAGAUAACAAAGAUAACAAUAACAGAUAACAAAGAUAAAGCUGGCUUGGAAAUUGUAUGCUGCUUGUGUUAGCAACGGGAAAGGUCUUGCCAAUGUUUAACUUUUAAAAGCAUCUUAUCUCAAAGACAGGCUAUCUAGUAGAGGCCAGUGCUCUCUUUUCCCCCUUGUUUUAUGAGCAGGGUGAAACACACUUCCUGAUGUAAUGAGCCUAAUUUGAUUUCCAUUUUAAGGUGGUGUCUGUGCAGCUCUUGCCCUGGUUCUGGCUGUCCUUUGUUUUGUUCAGGAGAAAGCCUGCUUGUCAAGGCUCACCUCCCCGAGCUUCACAAAAACAAACCCAACCAGUCUCCUUGGCCGAUCAAACCUGCCGGUCGGAGACUACCCAGCAACAAUAGAUGGGGUCCCUACCUGCUGUCCCCUCGCCCUGAUCGUGCACACUGCCCAGGCUGCCCUGCGUGGGCUCCAGCAUCUCCUGAUUUCCUCUGUGGUAAUAAACGCUUUCUGUGACAGUC